AAGCUCCGAAGAAGAGAAGAUGCGUCAAGAGGUUGCGGGGAGAUUUCAGAUGCUGCUUCUGCUUUGGUCAAUACUUCUCCUUAGUUUGGGGACGGGGUUUCCUACCAGACACAAGAAUGUUGCCCACAAGGCUCACGGCCACCCUGUUCAUAGCGGUGGGGUCCAAUACGUCCCUGAGACUUUGGAGCAGCAGAACCAGGUGCAGAGUCUGCUGCCUGAACCACACAGCCACCAGAGGAGGUGGUCGCACCCCCAGCACCGCUCCAUUGGUGUUCUUCCACAGCCGGAGCCUGAGGAGGAGACCAAACCCUUCAUCCUGGAUCUCAAGAACUUUCCAGACCUGGCCAAUGCUGAUAUCAAUUCGCAGAACCCCAACAUACAGGUUACCAUUGAGGUGGUGGACGACCCUCAGAUGGAGGUAGAGAUGGACCUGGCCAAGGAAAAAGACUGGCUGCCCUCCUCGUCCUCCUCCCCCUCUUCCACAGUGGAUUGGCUUGGAGGCAAGAAGCUUUUCUGGCCCCUUUUCUGGAGUUACACCGACGCCGAUUCCAGCGAGGACAGCAACAGCCGGUCAGGCGUGGAGGAAACUGGCGAGGAAGAGGAGGAGGAAGAUUACUCCCUGGAUUAUGGCAGUGAGGAGCCAUUACCCAGCGGAGUGGGCGGAGACUGGGAUACUCGUUGGAACGAAGGCUGGGAUCCAAUGCAGAGCUACUAUGAGAAGGAGACGGAUGAGUGGACUCCCUGGUCUCCCUGGUCUCCCUGUUCAGUGACAUGUGGACAUGGUGAGAGGAAGAGGACCAAGUCUUGUGGCUACUCUUGCACUCUGACAGAAGCCUCUAAAUGUGACCUGGAGCCUUGCCCUGGCGAUGUCAACACCGUGGUAGAACCUUUCCCAUUUGACAUGGAGAAUGGCACAGAGCCAUUUGGGACAGAUGUGGACAGCUGUGAGAAGUGGCUCAACUGUAAGAGUGAGUUCCUCCAGAGGUACCUCCACCAGGUGUUGUCUGAGCUGCCCAGCUGCCCCUGCUCCUACCCCUCUGAAGUGGCGUACACCGUGGUCAGUGUCUACGAUGAGACUCAUGGCCGGCAGUUCCGCUGGCGUGAUGCCAGUGGCUCUAAGGAACGCCUGGACAUCUACAAGCCAUCAGCACAUAGCUGCAUCCGCUCAGCACUUUCUGGUGACUCGUCUACUCUUGCAGCGCAGCACUGUUGUUAUGACGAUCGCGGGCGGCUGAUCACACGAGGGAAAGGCGCAGGCACGCCUAACCUGAUCAGCACUGAGUUCUCACCUGAGCUGCACUUCAAAGUGGAUGUGCUGCCUUGGAUCCUGUGCAAGGGAGAUUGGAGUCGCUUCCAUGCGGUGCGACCACCCAACAAUGGGCUGAGCUGCCCAGAAAACCCCCAUGAAGACGUGUUCAUGAAUGAACUGGAAGAGGCCAGGGAGUACUGAGGGACCACAGCCAAAAGUACCACUUCACUCAGAGAGUCAAAGGGCCCAAUCCUAAUUUGAGAGGAGACAGCCUACCUUAAAAGUCAUGAAGUAUUACUUCUAAACCAUGCAUCAGCCAUUUAUCAUGCAUUGAUGACUCAGAGGAAAUGCACAUUUGUGAUUGGCAAAUUUGUGGGGUUUAGAAAUGAUGGUGAAGUGGGGCUGUCUCAAGUUAGGAUUUGGCACAGUGUCCUGACAUCAGACUCAACUGAACUGAACUGAAUUACAUGAAUGGAAAAAAAAUGCAGUGUUCUCCCAUAGCUUGCCAACCUGUUACACAUCUGGCAUGACAUCAAGCUCUCUCUUUAUAUUCACUACACUCUCCUGGGUGCGUGUAAGCAUGAUGCCUACUUACUGGCUUUUUUGAUGGUGUCCUGGAGCGCUUGUGAUUGACAAUAGCAACAUAUGGUAAACAUCCUGAUCAUGCUUCUUGUAGGUUUUACAUUUGAAAAUGUAUGAAUAUGGGCUGCAUUGAUUGAAAGAAACACAUACAUGGGCAGAGUCCGACAGAUGAAUAUCCCAACUAUGCUGCUACAAUAUAAGAUUCUUCAGGUUCAAAAGGUAUGAAGGGGACGGGACAUUACUAAACCCAAAAGAUGCCACAUGCAUUCACAGUAAUGUACAUUUAAGCCAAUCUUUGGAUACAAAAAAAUGGUAAUUGUAAAAUAAUUUGGGAUGUGAACCAGAGAGGUAAGCUAAAAUAAUUUCAAAGUUUCUGUUGUCAUUAUGGAGCUUGCUAGUGAGAAUUAUGAGACUAGCUUUUAGGCAGUAAUGCUACAGUAACAGCACAUUUGAUUUCAAAUGUUUUGUCACACAGAAUGAUUUCAUGUGUUUCCUCACAUCUUCACAGCCAGGAAAAUAUAUGAUUUGGGUGCCAAAGAGUUAAAAAUCAGACUGUUGGUGCCUGUGUAACUCCAGCCUCCUAAGUCUCUUUGGUGCAAAUGUAGGACAAACAUUCAGUUCUACAGUGAGUAGAUUGUGCUCAUAGAUAUGUCUCUAUAAUGUUCUCAGGGGGACUAACCUACCAUGAUAAACAAAUUUCAUUUACCUCGACAAUGGAGCACUAUUGGACCUUGUACAAAGUGUAUUGGGGUAAAGAUUAGUACGGAGUAUCGUGUGUGUAAUCCCGAUUGGAAGUGGUGAAGAGAUAAUGCUUUUGAGCAGUUUCUGAAAGUAAUGAGAACCCUUAUAACUGAAUUGUUGCUGUCAAUACAUUGUGUGGUAGAACGAUGUCAUUGCUGUUUAAGCUGUUGGCUUAGGGUCUUUGGGUUUAUGUACAGAACUUGAUUGGAUAGAAAGGACAUUCCCACUCAAAUAAACAUUCCUGAGAGGUCAUGUAGUUAAGUGUCCUUCUCAUGGCUGACAGAAUAUUGGUAAAGGCAACAUUGUAGUAGUCAGUCUUUCACCAUUAGGUAUACUACAAAGGAUUGAGAAGGCUGAUGUCUAACCAUAAUAAUAAUAGUUUGUUAGCAUUGUAGCAGUAGAUAUACUAAAACUCUGCACCUCGCUCAGUAAACUGUUGUGGCAGUAACCGUAAACCCUACUGAAAACUGCCUUAAAACUGCAGGAAUGGCCCUUUCUAUCCACUCUGAUUUUAUGGAUGUUCGCUCCAAACCUUUUUUUCAGGAAUUCUGCUUCCAGAUGUGCAUUUGCAGACAUGCAUUUACAUUUUGGAAUCACCGAUUUUAAAGGAAGGCACUUUAUUUAAAGUAUGCGUGUGCAUAUACAGUAUAUAUGUAUACACACACACACAUACAAACACAAAUGAUAUAUCAAAAUGUACUCAUGUUUGCCAUUUGUUGAUGAUAGUGUAAUUGUGAAGGGAAACUCGCCAGAGAUGCUGCAUUGUUCUAUGAAAGUGCAUAUAUCAAGUGUUCUGUUGAGAAAAGCAUGAUCUUUUUGUGAUUUCUGAAUCUAGUAUUACAUAUAUGGUGUUGUACAGUAUUUAUUUGUCUGUUCUCUUUUUUUUAAGUUUGUUGAAGCUUUGAAAUGACUAUACUCAACAUGGUGCACUAAUCGGACUGAAAAAUGAAGGCACCCAUUAUCAAAAGGGAAACCACUUGCCUCAUAUCACUUCAUACAGCAACAUUAAGUGUGUGUUUCAUUUUACGUUGUACUGCAGUGCUCUAUGAAAAUGUUGUUGCAAUUAUGCUGAUGAAAUAUAUAUAUAAAG